UUUUUAGAGUUUACUAUUGAUGUUUCAUCUGAUUCGUACAAUGUUCCUGGUACUUUUUAUGCGUGUGAUAUAUGUCAAAAACAAUUUUCUGCCAAGUCAUUCCUCAAUCGACAUUAUCUCAUACAUACAGGAGAAAAGCCUUUUAAGUGCGGAAAAUGUGGAAAGAGCUUUGCUCAGAAAGGAAACCUCAUGAGACACCUGAAAAGUCACCAAGGAAUUAAGCCAUUCAAAUGUGUAAUGUGUGAUAUGGUGUUUACCUGCAAGCAAAACAUGAGGUCUCAUGCACAUGUUAAACACUUUUUUUUUCUAGGUUCCAUUUAUUCCACUGAUGUUUCAAAUUCUAGUUUUGACUCCAUCCUUCAUAAGUGUAAUUUUUGUCACCAACAAUUUCCGUUCAAAUCCACUCUCAAUGUGCACAUGCGUUGUCACACUGGAGAACGUCCAUUUGCUUGUAAAAUAUGUGGCAAAAAUUUCACUCAAAGAGGAAACCUUAACAUGCACAUGAAAAUUCAUGUGCAACUAAGAAAAUGUUUGUGAAAAUUUUGCAAUGCAUGUGUCACUUAAUAUGUUUUUUUUUUUCAAUAACGGCAGGCACUGAACUUUUGUUCUUUGCCUUAGAAGA